GCCCCGUAUUCAUCAAGCAGCAAGUUACGAUGGACAAGUUUAAGUAUGGCGCUACAUGCUUGUGCGGUGUGUGGUUCCCCACUCCCGACGCGCUGACUGAGCACCAAAGCACUUGCGACCAUGUCAAAGUCGAGGACUGGGAACGCACUCUCGAAACCAUGACGUCUCCCGGCUCCGAGUGCUUCCCGUGCUGCCGCCUCCUCUCACUCGACGACGUGCUAUUCAACGGUCAGAUGCUCAUCUAUCGCACUUACGAGGAGAGUGUCUGCUGCUCAAGCUGUCGCGAUGCAUGGUACCCGUACGAAGGCAAGGCCAUGAUGCAGCGGCAAGACGUGGACAGAUAUCUCUAUUUAAGACGCACAACGGUGCCGCAUCCGUGGCUGAAGCAGUAUCGAGCUCAGCUUUUCAAAGAGCUGCAAGAAUACCUCCAUCACCCAAUUCGAGUGCAAAAAUGGCUCGAUAGUGGACGAGAACUCGAAGCCUACCUGCAAUAAACGUAUCCUGUGUGAAGCUUUAUC